CAUUGUUUUAGUAAAUAUAUUUCAUACAUAGAUCAAACACAGAUAAGCUCAGGCUGCCAAUUGUUUACAAAAGGAAUUUGCAGCAAAGAUUUGCAUUAGUAACAAAGCUCAUGUCAUUGAGUGAAGUAAUUUAUUGUACUUCCUUAUCUUUAAUCUUUGUGUACUGCUUCUGCCCCUCCUCUCAGUGGCUAUAGUAACUCACUGCCCUUAGUGAUUCAAUGACUAGGAGCUGGGCUAAAGCCUGCUCUGGUCACUUUACCAUCAGGACAGGGGACAGAAAAACACUAUUAACAUUUCACUGAAACCUGAUUGUAAGCAGACGGGAACAGAAUAAUAGAAUUUCACAGUAAGAAUGGAAAUGCCAUCAAGUGAUCGAACAAAUACGACAAGUGAUGAUCUGACUCUGAUUCUGACACAGAUUAAACAAUACAAUGACAAUGUGAAAGAUAUCAUAGAAGAAUCACAUUCCAAAAACAAUCAAGACAUGAAAGAACUCAUAUGUUUAUUAAUUCCCUUAAUCCGUGACCUCAGUAAGACGAUCUGUGAGAAACUAAAUGGAACAACAGAGACAUUGCAGACCACACUUCGUAUUUUAAAGGAGCUUCAGGAGAAGUCUAAGGAACUCAAUACAAUAAAUGAUUAUAUAAAUUACGUAAUUGUGGUCAACCAAAUACUUGGGGAUACAGAAAGAAACUUGAAGCAAAGUGAAGAGCAUUUGGUAUACAUUGAUGUACAAUCAUCACAACUUGAUAAUGAAAAUCACCCGAUUGAUGCUACACUUAACAUUUCUCAUGAAAAUAUCAAUGGACAUUUCAAUGAUGAAGAAAUCAAAGAUACUGUAGACUCUCCUGAACUGAAAAUAAAUGCAAGUCAGGAAGAAGAACUAGAAACCAAUGUGCAAGGGGAUAAUCCUGACAAUUCUGUUAUAAGCAGCAACAUUGACAAAGGUGAUGAGCCAGAAUGUGAGGACAACGAUUCUGUGUCAGUGACUGAGGAACAAAUACAGCACAAAAACACAAAUAUAACCUAUGACCAAGAACUAAAUUCACAACCAGAACAAAAGGAGGAGAACAUAAUGGAGCUAACCAGGUCAGAAGUCACAGUCAAUGAGACACGCCAUUCAGAUGAUCACUUCUUGAAUGCUGGAGCCUGGAUUUACAAGGAAUAUACUCUGCAAAAUGAGAUGGGUGAAGAAAGGCUUGCCUGCUUUAUUAAAGCCCCUCCAUUUGUCCUACAGAAGCUGCAGUGCAGAUUUAUGGACGACUUUAGCUCUUUAAUGGUGUUGGAGUCAGAAGAACUGGUCAGCAGUGUGCUGAAUAUAUCUAGUCCUGAUGAUCAUUUUAAAAUCCCUUUUCCAAUCAGUAUUUCAAUUCCAUUCAAUAGCCACUACAGAGGAAGCUAUAAGGAUUUGAUGGUAAAAGUCACAGAUGAAAAGGUCCAGUCAAGUUAUUUAAUGCCUAACUCUUUAGAAGGAUAUCAUGGAGAAUACAAGGGGAGUUUUGCAGAGGUUAAAGUAUACAAACUCGGCAUAUUUUCUGUGGUUUCAUGUUUAAAGAAGGAGAAUUUUACUGUUCUUAAAAAAGGAUUAUCUUUAAAGCUGAGCGUGGAUUCACGGAUUUCCUUAAAUUACCCCCCAGGCUGCUUCAGCUCUUCAGUAAUUGUGCAGUUUAAGGUUCAACCAAUAGAUACAUCCUUGAUUUCUGUACUGAAAGCAAAACAUGAUAUAUAUCAUCCAGUUGUGUCUAGCAGCCCACUCAUUCAAGUGAAACAGCCAUCAGUUAAGGCUUUCCACAAGCCUGUCACAAUUUUCCUCCCAUGCCCUCCGAACCCAGAGAAAAAAAAAGCAAGAGACGAUGCAGAAAAUAAAAGGGCAGCAAGCGCUGCUGCUUCAAAAACCACAGGAACACAUCAGAUUCGAGCGGUCAAUGCCUCAGUGAGAACGCAUGGUGAUAAUCCUAGUGAAUUACUGAAAUUAAUGGCAUUUAAAGAAGAUCACUGGAUUGUUUUAGAUGACACUGUGGUCAGAAAUAUUCAGAAUGGCCUAGUCUCAUUUGAAGUGACUGAACAUCUACAGAGAUUUUUUGUAGUCCGUCUAUCCUCAACUAUGGACACUAUUAACUUGAUCAGCUUUGCUCAAAGCCUGGAAUACGCUAUCUACAGCUCAGUGGUCAAUGUUGUGUUGUAUAGAAAGAAUGAUAACUUUAACCAAGUCAUUGUUCAGCUUGUUCCAUCUAAGGAGUUAAACUGGGAAAUUGCUGCCCUAUUUGAGGCUGGAUACAUAGGCCCCCCUGAACCCUCUGAACCAAUAGUUCUUCAAGAAGGAGACCAAAUUCACUUUAGAUUUUCUGGAAACAUUUCUGCAUCAGAUGGUGAAGAGUCUGGAAAGGCUUUUAAACUUACAUUUCAUUCACAAAGAAUGCAGAAAAAGUACUUGGACCUCAGCGUUGUGGAUGAGUUCGGAAACUACAGUUCACCGCAUUAUAAGGGGACUGUUAGUUUUUAUAAAAUAUCUAAAGAAGAAGUUAUGGAAAGUUACAAAAUUGGACUGCCCACUGACAACUAUAUGCAGCAAGGAACUCCAGUAUGCAAGCUAUCAAUAACACUUCCAAAGGUGGAGAAAAAUGUCAGUCGCCCAUCAAGUACAAAAUUAUUGGCAUUGACUUCUGGAGAUAUGUUAUGGGACAGUGUCCUCAAAUGGGUGGCUCAAGAACUUUCAGAAGAAGAAGCCUCAGAGCUGUUUCAGUCUUUACCUCUUCAUCGCAGUACUAUUCAGCUAGUGAGACUGAAAAGUCCAGAUAACUUGACUUAUCAGAUCUAUGAAUUACUUAGUCUUUGGAAGAAAAGGCUUCCUACAUCUACAGAUAAGUUGCAUCUUUUAGCUCGACAUCUUCAUAAAAGCGGAAGAAGUGAUCUAGUGGAGCAGAUGAAAGUGAAAUGGGAACCCAACAUGCGUGGACUAUCAACCCUGUAAUUCUUUAAUGACAUUUCCCUUUAGUUUUCAAAGAAUUAGUUCAAAGGGUAAAUAACCAAAGUGUACAGUACUUAUCUUCAAUGGCAAUAAUCCACUUCUGUAUAUUUUUUUUCUAUUAAAAAUGUAUUAUUGUUAAAAUGAUAAAAAUCAAAUAAAAAUGAA